UCGCGGGCUACUUGAACUGGGACAAGCCUGCACCCUUUAUGAUUCUCUGUAAAUAGUUCCGAGGACAGCUCUUUAGUUUGCAGGUCAGUACGGCUUCCAGACCGCUUAAAAUGACAACUUAGCGCGUUUAUUUAACUGAGCAAACCUCCUGCCAUGAAUGCGCGUUCUCAUUUUAUCCGUUUUGUUUUCAGCGCCUCGGUUCUAAGGGUUGUUGCCAUCUCAACAGUUGAGCUUUGAUUAGGAUCGACUGUUUAGUCUCUACAGUAACUGCUCGUACACCCUCUGGUCACUGAAAGAUCGUCGUGAUUUAUCUUAGCAGAUCCAAAAGAAGAGGAUCAGUGCUUUUUUUAUUUUUUGUUGUUGCUGCUGUUGUUUGAGGGGAAAACAUGUCAGCAGCUAACAGACAAGGAAGCGCGGCUAGCGAGAAUCACAACCAGGAGAACAUGCUAACAAGGCUAAGAGGCUCGCUCAAACCCAGAGCUGCAACCAACGAGAACCAGGAAAACCUUCCUCCGAAGCAAGUCGCCAACAGAACCGUCCUGGGAGGCCUGCAGAACAACCAGAGAAGCAAAGCCCAGAACCAGCGCGACGCAAAGCAGGAGGCAUCCCAGCCUCUGUCCUGUAAGAAUGGUGACUUUGCCAAGAGCUGCUUUGAGAGGCUACCUACUAGACAACCUGCUUUCCAGAUCCAUGUGGAUGAACCUGAUGCAGCUUCAACCAAGAAGGAGGUUGAAUCCAGCAAGGCAAAGUCCACUGUGGCUGAGUCUCCUCUAGCACUCAGCAAUGCUGUGGCACGACUCCGCCAGCCUCUGGCCACUAUUGAUGUCCCAUCAUCAAUGGAUGUUGGCUUUGGUUCUCCCAUGGACAUGUCUUUGGUUGAGGGGGAUGAGAAACCAGUCAAAGUAAAUGAGGUUCCAGAAUAUGCAGCUGAAAUCCACACGUACCUCCGAGAAAUGGAGGUGAAAACCAGACCUAAAGCAGGCUACAUGAAGAAGCAGCCAGACAUCACAAACAGCAUGAGGGCUAUCCUAGUGGACUGGCUGGUCGAAGUCGGAGAAGAAUACAAGCUCCAGAAUGAGACCCUUUAUCUGGCAGUGAACUACAUCGAUCGCUUCCUCUCCUCCAUGUCUGUCCUGAGGGGCAAACUUCAGCUUGUUGGAACUGCAGCAAUGCUGCUGGCUUCAAAAUUUGAAGAGAUCUACCCUCCUGAGGUGGCAGAGUUUGUCUACAUCACAGAUGACACCUACACAAAGAAACAGGUGUUGAGAAUGGAGCAUCUGGUGCUUAAAGUGCUCUCCUUUGAUCUGGCUGUUCCCACAAUAAACCAGUUUCUCACCCAGUAUUUCUGCAAUCAGGCUGUUAACAAGCAGGUGGAAAGUCUGGCCAUGUACCUUGGGGAGCUCAGCCUAAUUGACUCGGAUCCAUUCUUGAAAUACCUGCCAUCACAGAUGGCGGCUGCUGCUUACACCCUGGCCAACAACACAGUGACUGGAAACUCAUGGCCAACAUCUCUGGAAGAGAUGUCUGGUUACACCGUGGAAAGUCUUAUGCCAUGCAUUGAGGAUCUUCAUCGAACAUAUGUUGGCGCUACACAGCACGCCCAGCAGUCCGUCCAGGAGAAGUACAAGGGCUCAAAGUACCUUGAGGUCUCCUGUAUCAGUGCACCAACCAAACUGAUGCUGAACUGACUCCUCCUUUUUCUGAUGAUGCAUUCAGUUUUUUGUUUUUUUUUUGUGUAAAUGAUGUGCAACAUUUUCUAUUAUGCCCUGCUCUUUUUGGAGUAGUGCUAGAUAUUUUAGAGGUUUUAAUAUUUUUAUACUUGUUCAUGCCAGGCUUAUCAGUUUUUGGCUAAUCAAGAAGUUUAUUGAGUUUAUCUCCAAUGAGACAACAAAUGCUGAGGUGUUAAUACAGUAAACUCUACUUUGGCCUACAGUGUUAAUUAACCAAUAGGACUGUAAUGUUCCAGAACCCAGACUGGCUGUCUUCCAAACUGCUUGGACUGAGUUUUCUAAUCUUUUGCAUCUUUUUUUUUUUUUUUUUUUCCUAAGAUGUAAACCAUAUGGGACACAGAUUAAAGUGUUUUGUCUCUUAAGAAGUCAUCCCUCAUUACAACAAUGCCUUUUUUAAAAUGGCAGCAUUUUGAGGCACCUACUGCACUGUAAAAUAUGGCUCUUGUAAAUAAAAUCACUUUAAACUGA